CGCCGCUGGGGCCAAAUUCGACAUUGCAAUUUGAGGCGAUCUGGCACUUGAUGAAAACAGAUAGCGUGCGCCCCUGGAAUCGCAACACCGAUAAAAAGAAUCCCCCCUUCAGACCCCGACGACCACCUCUUCGAAGCUAUCGACGAUUGCGCAUUGCAACCAAAAAGAACAAACAACCAACGCGCACAGCUUUUCCAACUCUGCGAUCGCGAUCACACACAAAUCAGUCCACAAUGUCCGACUCGGUUCAAGAAAUCCUCGACGUUCCCAGGGAAUUCGUCAAGGACGGCGUCCAAUUCCUCAACCGUUGCCAGAAGCCCGACAAGAAGGAGUUCAGGCAGAUCUGCCAGGCUGUUGGUGUUGGUUUCCUGAUCAUGGGUGCUGUUGGAUACAUUGUUAAGCUUGUUCAUAUUCCCCUCAACAACAUCCUGGUCGGUGGCGCAUAAAGGGCUUCUAGAACGCGAAGGAGUUAUGGGUGCCGAUUGGUGACGAUGACCAAGAGGUCAAAGGACAGCAUGCUGAUACGUGGGGAGCGAUGGAUCGCAAUCGAUGAUGAUCUACGGGAGUUGGUUAAACACUUUUUUACCAGGCAGCGCAUUGGGCGUUGGGGCAAGCACUUGGCUUGGAGCGUGAUGAAUAACGCUCCCGAAAAGGCACACAAACUACAUAAACAUGGAGGAUCGUUUCUGCUGGGCUCAUAGGGAUUGCCCAGCCGUUUGUGAUACCAGGCUGUAAUAUACCAAAGAAAAAACCAUCUGAUCCCACAGCACGGAUGACAGUCAAACUCGGGAUACGCGUCUA